GCACCCCGCUCUUCCCUCUGACCAAGAAACAAGGGACAGCACACGAGCCAAUUCAAGCACAUAGGGGGUGUCGGUGCUCGUUACCACACGCCCUACAACAAACCAGCGACGUCGUGUGCCUUCCUCGUCAACAAACCCCUAUCUCUAUAGCCCAUAUGGGUGGAUACCGGGGACGACCUCUGUUGUGCUGGUCUGUCGGCGUGCUGUUGUGCUGGCGGUGGAGGACGACGCAUGCCUGUCUGUUCUCCGUCUGCGUGUGCAGGUACACCAAGAGCCGGCCAGCUGCCCCUAUCUCCCGCCUGUGCGGGCUAGUCUCGUCCGGACCAUCCUCCGACCAAGAUCGGUGCACGCGCAGUACUGCGCGAAGGCGAGCCUCUAUCCCAAAACAAGAGCUAAUCUAUUCCAGUCAUGCAUGAUCUCCCAGUGCGAUCGACCGUAUCACGUCAGAUCCUAGCACUUCCCGAUUCAAGCUUGUUGAUCGUCGACAUAUUUUCCGAAUACCAGCCCCGGACUAGAGCGGGGUUCAGAACACCCGCGGUACGUACGUGACGUAACGUAACGACGUACCGGCCCUGAACGUGAGGGUGGAACUGUAUCGUCCCUAAUUGCUCCUAUCAUAUCACUUGAUCGUUACGUGAGUCCUAGAUUCGGGGAACGAGUUGAUCCGGAUUCAGGUUCUCGGUGUUUGGUUCUUUUCUUGCUUCUUGGUCAGUUUCCCGUUGUUGGCACAGGGGUGAUGAUGCUGGACAUGGGCCGAGAUCAUGAUGUUUGGGCACCGUGGUCGCUUACUGCGGCGGCGGCGGCAAUUUAUCAGAACCUCCCAGCAUGCGCUCGGAUUCUUUAUACUUGAUUCUUAGGGAGACAAGUUAUUCCCCAUAAGGGAUGUACAAUAUCAAUCAAACAGUCAGAUGCC